AUGAACAGAUAUCUCGGAUACAAGUUGCUCCCAGCUGCGGACCGAGAGCACGAUCCCGGACGGUCACUGAACAAAGAGAAGGCUAUUGCCCACUCCGAGAAGCUGAAAAUACUCUCAAUACUGGGGAUCAUCUUGGCUAUCCUGGCUUUCGUCAGCGUAUGCCUCCGCCUCAUUGUCGCAGAGAGCCCACGCCCACCUCGCCAUCCUCCCUUCUUGACACUCUGCGGUUCAACCCGCGCCGAAGCCCUGUCCCACAACUGCACAUUUGACGUCUUAAGCUUUGCUUGGAUGCCACCAGCCUGCCAUGAUCCGGAGCUGUGCGAAGAGUUCUGCAGUGUCAGUGUGUCAAGGACUGAGGUUGAAGAAGGCAAGGUAGAGAAAGUGUACACCCCUAGGGAGUAUGAAGAGCUUCAGUGCGUGUUUUCGUGGAGGAAGGUGCAUAGGGCCGUGUCAAAGGGGGCGCCGGUGGACGGGUUCAGCGGUGACAAAGGGUAUUCCGAGUACUGUGGCGCAUUGUUGGUGGAAAGGGUUGGACGACCCAACGAGGAUAGUGUCCAUGCCGAUAAUACAGCGCACCAGGCUUUCUCGACGGAGUUGAAGUUUCCGCACUGCGGUGUGGAAAACUUUGUACGCAAUCAUUCGCACUAA